UGUGACGAGUACAGCUGUUGUUUAUGUACUGCAUUGCCGGCUGCAGUCGGUUUAAUUGCGAUAAUAUGAUAUAUUAUGAAUGUUGAAUUUUUAUUAUUUCAUAAAAUAUUGAUACCUUUGGUCUUUAACUAUAUUAGCUUUCUAACCUAUUUAUAACUUGCCAUUAAAAAGUUGCAUGUAAAAUAUUGAACAGUACUAUCCGUUUUUAUUUAUAUAUUUUUUUUGAUUUAAUAUCGGAAUGAGGUGUAAUGUUUUUCAAGUGAUCGUUACGUUAUAUUAUUGUGUAUAAUUAUUAUUUGUAGUAUUUAUAUAUUAUAUAGGACUUAGAUCCAAGAAGGAUUUGACAAUUUACUGUUUACAUAGUUCAUGCGAAAAUUAUGGCAUCUGCUACACUCAUAGUGCGCCAUUUUCCUCCACAAAUUUCGUCUGAAGAUAAAGAAGAUUUUCUCAGGUAUUUUGGUGCCAAAUAUGUUAAAAUAUUGACAUCAAAAACAAAUCGGAGAUCUAUUGCGUAUGCGAGAUUUGAAUCUCAAGAAAUUGCUGAAGCUGUUAUUCAGCGGUUGCACCAAAAAGAAUUAUUGGGCCAUAGGUUGACUGUUGAAUUGUCUGCAAAUGAUCUUGAUGUAAAUCUAAUGAAAUGUCCUAAGCCACUACCAGUUAUUGAAUGCAAUACUGAUGAAGUAAAACAGUUACAAGAGGAUUAUUUAAGAAAGUUAAAUAGUUGGUCUGCUGAAAUCGACCUAAACCAACCACCGCCACAUCAUCUGCAUUACAGUUAUCCUGAUCCAAACCCAUACAUACUGUCAAAUAUUGCCAACGCAUUAGCUUACAAUCAGAAGUUCUACUAUCAAGUCUUACACUUGAUGAAUCGCAUGAACCUACCUGCACCUUUUGAACCUGUCAUAGGUAACCCCCUGAGUAAGUUUAUGAAAAUUGAAACUGCAGAUAAGUAUACCACUACUGAUGAAACCGAUCCAGAGCUCUCAGAAUCUGAGAUGGAAAGUGACAAUGAAAGUGAUCAUAAUAUAGAACCUAAAUUAUCUUUAUUGAAAAAGAAAAAAUGCAAAGUUAUAAAUCCUAAACGUUUAAAAAACGUUACAACUACAGUGGCUAAAAAGGCCAAAGUUGAAUUAGCCAAUGUUUUUGACACUGUUGAAUGUGAGUUACCAAAGAAAAUUGAAGUCAAAGUAUCUGCAGAACUAAAACCUGUCGAGGGACCAGCUGCAGAUACUGAAGGAGGAUUUGGUGUAAUAUAUUCAUCAAAGAGUAUUAACAAAGAAGAAGAUAAAAAAGAAAGUGAUUCAGAUGAUGAUUUAACAGGAGAUUGUAUUAGUAGAGAAGAAUUAGCUACAAAUAGAUUAUCAGAUAAAGAUAUGAAUAAUAUGCCUAUUUUUAAAAAUUAUUAUCCUGGAGCUCCAUCCUGUAGGUUAUAUAUAAAAAAUUUAGCCAAAACUGUAUUGGAUAAUGAUUUAAAAUACAUUUAUAAGAGAUUCAUCAAAUCUGGAGAUCUCAAACCAGGAACUAUGUUUGACGUAAGACUGAUGCAAGAUGGGCGUAUGAAAGGUCAAGCUUUUGUGACAUUACCAAGUGUAGAAAAUGCCCAACAGGCACUGAAAGAGACUAAUGGAUAUAUUUUAAAAGAUAAACCUAUGAUAGUACAAUUUGCUAGAUCGGCUACGGCAAAAUAAGUAUUAUAACACUUAAUUACUUAUAAAUAUGUUUAUAUUUAAAAUAUUGUACAUAAAAAAUAAUUAAUAAUAUAUACAAAAAAAAAAAAAAAAAAAUUAGUUUCUUCUUCUCCUCACUCUGGAAAUUCUCCACGAGUUAGGUUCUUCAUAUUUGUUAUAAAGUGGUUCUAGUCGUUGAUUCUUUUUGAACUUGCU